AUGUCCACCUCCAAAAGCCGCUGGUCUGGUCAGGUCACGGUGGAGAACUCACUAAACCGGUUUGCCGACACAUACAGUAGACCUGACCUGUCCUUUUGCACCAUAGAGAAAGAUAAGUACAAUAUAAUACUGCAGAACACCAGAGGAAAAACCAAGUCCGUAGAGACCAGCAGGGGGCAGGCCUUCCACCAGGAAACUUCCAGCCCUGUGUCCUUGUCCUGGGCGGGUCUCGGGGCGGGUCUAUGGGCGGGUCUCGGGGCGGGUCUUGAGGGCGGGUCUCGGGGGCGGGUCUCGGGGGCGAGUCUAGGGGCAGCGCAGCCUGGCCAGGAGGUAGGUGAGGCUGAGGCAGAGCCAGAGCAGCAGCAGGUGGGGGCUGAGGGCCAGCAGGGGCAGGCCGUACAGCAGACUGGGGUCCAGGCGAACGUCCCGCACCGGCAGAAGUCCGCUCAGGUUCUUCUGGAUCACCCCUUCCCUGGUGCCCACGCUGUCCCGAGCAGAGGGGCCAGCAGGGGGCAGUAUGGAGAGGGAGGAUGGGGGGGGGUAAAACCAAACAAAAUGGACAGAACAAGCAAGCUUGAGCAGCAGCCUCCAUUCACUCGUCUUCUGCUGGUCUUGUUACGAACAGAAACGGCCACCAUGGUGAAAAAAGAUGCGAAUAAGCCCAAGGGCAAGAUGUCCUCAUACGCCUUCUUCGUCGCCACCUGCCGCGAGGAGCACAAAAAGAAGCACCCCGCGACCAGUGUGAACUUCGCAGAGUUCUCCAAGAAGUGCUCUGAAAGAUGGAAGACCAUGUCCGGAAAGGAGAAGUCAAAGUUCGAGGAUCUGGCAAAGACAGACAAAGUGAGAUACGACCGCGAGAUGCAAGACUACAUCCCUCCUAAAGGAAUGGGCAAGAAGGGCAAAAAGAAGGACCCCAACGCACCCAAGAGGCCACCAUCUGCCUUCUUCGUGUUCUGCUCAGACCACCGUCCCAAAAUCAAAGAGGACAACCCCGGCAUUUCCAUCGGUGACAUCGCCAAGAAGCUGGGAGUCAUGUGGUCCACGCAGACGGCCAAAGACAAGCAGCCGUACGAAGCCAAGGCCGCCAAGCUCAAGGAGAAAUAUGAGAAGGACGUGGCUGCCUACAGAGCAAAGAGCGGAUCCGGGGGAAGCAACGCCGGCAAGAAGGGCGGUCCCGGACGGCCCGCCCCCAAGAAGGCCGAGCCAGAGGACGACGACGAUGAUGACGAGGAUGAUGAGGAAGACGAGGACGAAGACGACGAUGAUGAAGAUGACGACUAG